GCCGGGGGGACGCUCCUGGCCGCCCUGGGGCUCUGGGUGGCCGCGGACCCGGGCGGGUUCCAGGCGCUCGUGGGCGCCCGGGCCGUGCUGGGCGCGGCCGCGUGGCUCCUGCUCGCCCUCGGCAUCGCCCUGGCCCUGCUCGGCUGCCUCGGCUGCUGCGGGGCCCUGCGGAGGAGCCGCCCCCUCCUGCUGCUGUUCUUCAUCCUCGUCAGCCUCGUCUUCCUCAUGCAGCUGGUGGGGGCCAUUAUCUUCCUGGUGCACUGGAAGCAGGUCCGGCCCGAGCGCUUCCUGUCGGAGCUGAGGAGGAACUACCGCGGGGACGAGGGUGCUGAGGUGUUCAGCACCGCCUGGAACACCCUCAUGGUCACGUUCUCCUGCUGUGGCGUCCUGGGCCCCGAGGACUUCGGGAACGGCUCCCGAUUCCAGGAGCUGCACCCGGGGGUGCCGUGGCCACGGGCCUGCUGUGCCCGGGACGGGCUCCUGGGGGACCUACUGGGCUGGGAGCAGUGCCAGGACAGGAGCCCCGGCUACAUCCACGAGCAGGGCUGCUUCUCCACCUUCGGCAGGACCCUGCAGAGGUCCCUGUCCCUGCCCGGCUCCUGCAGCCUGGCCGUGCUGGGCAUCGAGACCUUUGCCAUGUUCUUCUCCCUCUGCCUCUACUACAACUUCGACUGA